CCGUUUGUAAACAACGAAACCGCUAUUCAAAAUUCGCACACCUUAUGUUCCAGAGCAGCUCCAGAGUCGGUUUAGUUAAGUUCUCAUUUGCAAUAUGCGGAUUUUUUGUGCGGUGAUUAUCCUUAUUAUCCCAUUUAUCCCUGUAGCCCUGCCUGAAAAUACAACUGAGACUGCCGAGAGCCGUUCUGUUAGGAGUUGGUGGGAUGCAGUGCCUCGGAUAUUCACAGAAAUCUUUACCAUGAAGGCGAAUGCCCUCACAGCUGCUCCACUCGAGUGGACCUCCAAUACAAUCGAUGCUUUGUGUUCAUCUACCCUUGUUAUUGGUAGAGUUCCACCUCAGAUAGCCCCGGACAUCAAGAAAAUGCACUUUCAGUAUAUGACUCCAUGUCAGAACUAUAGUGUCCCGCUUUUAGAGGCUUCUAAGCUGUGGAGGCACACGAGGUUUUCCAAGGGACGCAAGGUUGUAAUCCUGGCCACCGGUUGGACCAACACCGUCAACGAAUCCUCCGCCAUUUCGAUGAUGUCCAAGGCCUUUAUGUGUCGACAGGAUGUUAAUUUUGUGAUUGUGGAUGCAGCCGACUACGUGGAUACCCUGUACUCUUGGUCAGCUCUCAACACGGACUUAAUUGGUGAGCACAUCGGCGUGGGUCUCACCCAUCUGAUCGAGCUAACUCCACUGCGAAAUAUCCACCUUAUUGGUCAUUCCUUGGGAGCUCACAUCAUGGGCACUGCUGGGCGAACAUUUAAACGACUAACUGGAAAGCUUAUUCCAAGGAUUACUGGCUUGGAUCCCGCUAAGCCUUGUUUCAGGCGGGAAAACAUCUUGCCAGGACUUUCGCGGGGUGAUGCUAAGCUGGUGGACAUUAUCCACACCAACAUGGGCAUCCUGGCUAAGCGAGGUCCCCUGGGGGAUGUGGACUUUUAUCCGGGUGGAGCUCAUCCUAUACAACCGGGUUGCUUGACCAUUGGCUGUUCGCACACACGAGCAGUGGAGUACUUUGCGGAGAGCGCCUAUCCCGGCCAGGAGAAGAACUUUCUGGGCCAUAAAUGCGAGUCCUGGGAGAAGCUUCGAAGGAGAGAAUGCCUUGCCGGAACCAUUUCCCCAAUGGGCUACGAAAUAAAUCGGCAAGCGCGGGGCAUCUACUAUGUGGAUGUCAAUGGAUGGCCGCCUUUUGGGCGAAAUGCUGUCCAAAACAUUGAUCCCAGAUCGAGGACAUGUUAUCUGUGUCCACAUAGUUGAUGGCCACUUUACUAGAACAUAAUUUAAUUUAAAUAAUAACCUAUUAAAAAAGAAAAACUACCUUUACAUA